CUACACAGCGCCCCAAGUGGCUAAGAGCGGCGUUACACACAGCAGCAGGAGCGCUGCGUUGAGCCGCUGUGCGCCGACAGGAGUGAUGUGACCCCGGAACAGGACGACACACUCCAUUCAAACACAGCGCACAAGAAAGAAAAGCUGGACCAGGAGGGAGCCACAGGAGCAGGGGGGAUGAACCGCGAGGAGGCCCCGGGAAAGUCUCCUGAAGACAUGUACAUCCAACAGAAAGUGCGGGUCCUGCUAAUGCUAAAAAAAAUGGGAUCAAAUCUUACGCCAAGUGAAGAGGCUUUUCUCCGGAAUUAUGCAGGUGUGGUCCACAGUCAGAUGAGCCAGCUGCCACAGCACAGUAUUGAUCAGGGUGCAGAGGACGUAGUGAUGGCGUUCUCGCGGUCAGAGACGGAGGAUCGACGACAGUGACCACGAGCCCCGACCCGCAUCUGGCCUCACCCAGCCCCGGCCAAAUCCUCAUAUGUACGUAACACAGAAGAGUUCAAGAAUGGAGGAAGGAACCGGAAGGGGCAGACACGCUCGCUCUGUCCGUUUCCUCUCCAAUUUAAAGGAAAGCGGAUGGCCGCGGCUCAAGUGCUCGGUCAGCCGUUAAAGCGGCUGGCGGCCUUGAUGCUCAAAUUGUGUGGAUGAACAUCAGAUGUAGUUUCUUUUUUGUUGUUUUGUCGGUCACGUGGUGGAUCAAGUGAGAAGCGGCGAUGUGUGGUGACUGCCGUGAUUAAUCGGUGGGGCCUCCUUUCUAAACACCAGCUGCUCCUUUAAGAAAUUUGUGCCAUAAAGUCACUGCAGCGUUCACUUGUCCACCGAUCAUCUCGUCAUCUGUGGCAACUGCUGAGCAUUAUUUCUCCUCCACCCGGGUUUAGAUUUGUGUUGUUGACCAUCACAGUUUUAUCACAGAUUCCCUCAACACUAUGGAGGUGUGUCAGGUUCUGUCAAAGCACGCUUGAAUUCCUGUAUACAAGGUCAAAAACAUUGGUGCCCACACAUUAUGGAGUUUUAAAGAGGGAAAAAACUUCCCAUGUAAACACGCAUGUCAAUGCUCGAGUGCAUUUUGAGCAACCAGAAGCCUCGAAAGGCUAAAGGCUUUUAGGAACACUCAUUGUUCAAGAAUGAAAAUGCUUUUACAAACAGUACACAUGGCCUUUAUUCACUUUUAGUUGAACGCACAUGCUAAAUUGAGCAGUUAGUCCAUACAUAUGUGUGCAUGUUCACGUUCACAGCUGGCCCACCAUUCAUCACCAGUCGCCAAUUAUUGGGCGGGGUGACAGAUUCGGUGUGAUUUAUGGGAUCCCCCCACCCUUUGAAACGAAGCCCCACGUUGCGCUUGUGCUGCUUUAUUUUUUAACAUGUGUGAAACAGAAAAAAAAAAGACACUACAAGACAGGUGCACAUUCUUAAAAUGUGGUUGUUAUUGCAACGUGGAAAAAAAGUUUAUUGUAAAGUUACUUGGGAAUCCUGAUUGUGUGCUGUCUUUUUAAGUAACACAUUGAGACAUUGAAGAAAAAAAACAGACACGUAAUUUAUUGUUUACUUAACCGCCUCAUGUUAUUCAAACGCAUCGUUGCAGUGAUCAAAACAAUUUGGUCAUUUUUAACUACAAUCAACCAAAAUAGCACAACUGUGUGUGCGCAUUCUGUUUGUACUGUCUCUCUUGCACUAUUAUCAAUUGGCAUAUUGGCACAAAAACAUUUUGAUACACAGAUUGUGUUCAGACUGAAAAAUAAAAUAUUUUAAUUGACUUGGCCUAUCUUUACCAAUCAGUGUGCUUUUCUAUAGCCACACUCUGUAUUUAAUGUGUUUUGAGUACACUUUGUAUAACUUAAUGAUGUCAUUGUAACGUUUGAAAGUCAAGCUUGUCUUUGCAUCAGCUCACCUUGCUCGUCGUGCGCUUCUUAUUCCUAUUUUUCCUAAUGUCUUCACCAGCCAACGUGAACAGCCAACAGAUGGGAUGACAAAGACAUAUCUGUUUACUUUUGUUUUCUAUUUGUCUAUGCAUCUGUUUUUUUUCCUCUCUUCUGAAGCUGUCUUACUGUACAUUUUGCUCAUCGAGGUUGUUCUGCAACCUUUUGGUGUGUGUGUGUGUGUGUGUGUGUGAGCGUGCGUGUGUGUGACUGAAAAAGAGAGCGCACGCUGCUGUUGGAUUUUUUUACUGUGAUUUUUUUUUUCAUUUUUUAGAAGGUGGAACUUUGUAUAUUAUUUUAAUCUCGGUCAUCAUUGAUUAGUUGUUUGUUUGUUUGUUUGUUUUGGCUGCUGACAAUGUCUUGAUCUAAAGCUUCCAAACCUAUACCAACUGAAACAUUAAAGGCAUUUGAAACAGUAA